AUUCAAAGUUUUUUUUGUAUUGUCAAAUAUCCGUUGCACGUCAAAUAUUUUUUCACAUUAUUCAUAUUUUGUAUAAUUUUAACGUGGCUAAAACUAAAUCAUAUAAAAUGUUCUUCAAUAGGAUCCUAAUUCCAAAUGUAUACCGAGUAUUUCAAAAAUACGCGCCCAAAAUGGUCCAGACUUGUAGAGAAAAGUCUAGUUUUUCUGGUUUAAGAGGAGGAAUGGCACUAUUUGAACGUAUGCUAAAAUUGGAAGACAUUAAUUCUAGUAGGAUUUUAACACAGCGAAGGUGCAUGAGUAAACGUUCACAUCAUAAUAAGGGUAGUGGUAGAGCGGUUCCCACAAAAGAUCACAUUGGCAUUUGGGGAAAUAAUCACGGAGAUCAUUGUUUUCCUUCGAUGGAGUCCGGUAUAGAUAGGCUAAAAAACCCUGGCCUAAACAAAGAACUGGCCUUCACUCUUAUCGAACGACAGUUACUCGGCAUCAACGGAUUGCUACCACCAAUGGUAAAGACUCAAGAAGAACAGAUCCUACAAGUAAGAACAAAUCUUAACCGUUUUAAAGACCCCUUAAACAAAUAUCUGUGGCUGAUGGACCUACUAACUCGAAACGAAAAGCUUUUCUUCGCCACGGUGCGUAAAUAUGUCGUGGACUAUUUACCGAUACUGUAUACUCCUACGGUGGGAGCCGCUUGUCAGAACUGGGGUUUUGUGUAUAGAAGACCUAGGGGUGUUUACAUUACUAUACACGAUAGGGGGCACGUUUAUGAGAUAUUAAAGAAUUGGCCGGAAUACGAUGUCAGAGCCAUUGUAUUUACUGACGGUGAAAGGAUCUUGGGUCUUGGGGAUCAAGGAGCUGCUGGGAUGGGAAUUCCAAUUGGAAAGCUCUGUUUGUAUUCUGCAUUAGCUGGAAUCAAACCCCACCAAUGCUUGCCAGUGACGAUUGACGCAGGAACCAACAAUGAAAAACAUCUAAAAGAUCCUCUAUAUAUCGGCUUGAGAGAAAAACGACAUCGAGGUAAAGAAUACGAUGAUUUGAUCGACGAAUUCAUGGCAGCUGCUGUCCAGAGAUGGGGCCAAAACGUCUUACUGCAAUUCGAGGAUUUUGGAAACAUGAACGCUUUCAGAUUCUGGGAAAAAUACAGAAACAAAUAUUGUACUUUUAACGAUGAUAUUCAGGGAACGGCAAGCGUGGUCGUUGGAGGAUUAAUAGCUGCCAUGAGAUUGACUAAAAAUAAGUUUUCAGAUCACACGUUGGUGUUCCAAGGAGCUGGAGAAGCAAAUAUAGGAAUCGCUGAACUGUGUGUCUACUUAAUGGUCAAAUCUGGUAUGUCAGAAGAAGAGGCACUGAAGAAAAUUUGGAUGGUGGAUUCUCAAGGCUUAAUAGUAAAAUGUAGGGACAAAAUAGUAGGACACAAGAAGAAGUUUGCUAAAGAUCACGAUCCCAUUAAGGAUUUGUCCGAAGUAGUAAAGAAAAUAAAACCUUCGAUUUUAAUCGGGGCAGCAGCUGUUCCUGGCGCCUUCACACCUGAUAUAUUGAAGGAAAUGGCCAAAAACAACAAACGACCCAUUAUUUUCGCCUUAAGUAAUCCGACUCCAAAAGCAGAGUGUACUCCAGAACAGGCUAUCAAAGAAACAAAGGGUAGCGUUAUUUACGCCAGCGGUAGUCCAUUCCCUCCAGUAGAAUACGAAGGAAAAAAAUACCACACAGGCCAAGCAAACAACUCGUACGUGUUUCCCGGCAUAGCACUAUCCGCUGUAACAGGAGGUAUUCUACAUUUCACCGACGAACACUUCUACGUCACGGCUCAAACGUUGGCCGAUUUAGUAACAGAGGAAGACUUAAAGGUAGGAAGAAUAUAUCCUCCACUGGAAUCGAUUCUGGAAGUGUCUGUGAAAAUAGCUACCAAGUUGGUGGAGUAUUCGUACGAGCAGUGCAUAGCUAGCGUUUACCCAGAACCCCGUGACAAAGAAGCCUUUAUUCGAGCUCAGAUGUACUGUACCGAUUACGACCCAGUUUAUCCUUGUCCUUACGAUUAUCCUAAGCCACCGAAAAAUAAAAAUAAAUGUUGAUAUUUUGUAACGAUAUGUGAUAAAUUGCAUUGAAAAUGUAGAUGUUUGUUACUGUUUGUAGAUAAUGUUCUGGUAUUAAAUAUUUUGUGCAACGGAACGUAA